AUGAGAUUGAAUUAUCCAGAUAAUGCACCCCGAGAUCCAGAUGCUUUUAAUAAUUUUAUUGAAAAUGAAUUAGGAAGACGAUUAGGGUAUGAAAAUUUUCAUCUUUAUCGCACACCCAUAGAGAAAAUUAAUACAGUCAGAAGAGUUUCAGGCACAAAGCGCUUCACUCCAGCCAUACGACAGCAGAAGUCAGUAUGCAAAAAUACAAGGGUAAAAACGCGACAGCCCCCUGACAUACAGCCAAAAAAAACCAAUUACGCAGUAAGAUUUGAGGAAGAAUAUCAUUCAGAUAGCACCUCUGUAAAUUCAGAAGAAUCAGAAGAGGAGGACUUGUCUGAUCAAGAAGAGAGUUCUGAGGAAGAUGAGAACAAUUCACUUACAGAACAACGCAGCUCAAAAAAAUCGUCUACAAUAGCUAUAAUUCAAAAAAUAUUCCGUGCAUCAUUUAAGUCAAUGAUAGAGGCAUUGAUUAAGGAAUGUCCUGAAUCCCUUUUACCACAGGUUUUAGAUUAUUUGGGUAAAGUAUAUAACAGUUUGAAGGAUAGGCUUCUAGACAAUUUUGCCUCGAAAUAUUCUUCCAAGGAGAAAGAGACCAACACAUUAAAUUUCGCAAUCAAGAAUUAUUAUGCAGAAAGCUUACAGAGCAAGGAGGCUUUUGCCUCUGCCGCUUCAUGCCUCGAUCAACAAGUGAAAAAAUCUUAUUGGCCAAACCCAACGCGGGAGAUCAAUUUUAUUCAAUCGAUUAUUUCAGAUGACAUUGCAGAAAAAACAGGGCAUAAAAUCGAUAAAUUAAAUGUCCCAUCGAUUACAGGCAUUGCGAGUAAGGCUAAUGUAAUUGGUACGGUUUACGAUUUGCCAGUAACUAUUGGCAGUGGUGAUGAUGCGAUCACUAUUUAUGAUAACUUUUCUGUUGUCAAGGCUGAAAGAAAUAGAAACGGAGAUUAUAAAUCUUUAGUAUUGUUUGGGACACCAUGGCUUAAUAAAAUUGGAUGGGAGCCUAUUGCGAAUCGCGAGUUCAAGGUAAACAAUAAUGGAAAGUGUCUAACUAUACCUCUUUCAGUACAUAAAUCCCAGCGCGAAGUGUUUACAGCAGAAAAAUUGGAACACGUUCCAGUUGUUUGGCCACAGAAGGCUUCUGUCAACGAUUUAGUAUUAAAAAAAAAUUGA